CUUUUAGGGGCGGGGCGAGUUUGCCGGCCAGAAACACUCCCGGUGGCUCCUCUCGCAGCCUGCGAGCGUUUCCAGGCUCUUGUUUCCCAUCAGCCUCUGGGUCCAAACUAACCACGGGUCUCCGGGUCCUUUUCCGGUGUCCUUAAGGUUUUUGGACUCUGCAUGGUUCCCUUUAGCCUGUUUUUGGGCCUUCCACGGUUAAAUGACUGCAAGAAAGAAGUCUAUGCUAAGCCCUGUAAUGAACGUUUCAAGCAAGAAGGAUGAGAAUUUUAGAUCUGGAAGUGUCCUCGCGACAGGAUCUUGUCAAGACCUGAUGGGGAAGUUCUAGAGUGCUGCUAGGUUGCCAGAUUUCUAAGAAGGAGCUCGAAGAGGAGAAAAGGAGUUUGCGCAUAUUUAGAAAUCAAGGUUCAGGAGAAUCUUGACAGUGAACGUGUCUCAUUACAUUGAAUAACAGCUACAGGAUGUUCAAGAGCUGUUCUGGCUUUUCUGGAUUCUGUGCUUCACCAAUAGAGGAAUUCCAUGGAGCAUUAAUUAGUUCUUGCAAUUCCAGAACUAUGACUGAUAUUUGGAGUCAACAACAUAUGAGACCAAAAAAAUAUUUUCAGAAAAGGAUAUUUUUGAAAUAAAUUUUUCCCAAUGGGAGAUGAAGGAAAAAAGUAAAACCCUUGGCCUUGAGGCAUCCGUCUUCAGAAAUAAUUGGAAGUGCAAAAGCAUAUUCGAGGGACUAAAAGGAUGUCAAGAGGGAUACUUCAGUCAAAUGAUAAUCAGCUAUGAAAAAAUACCCUCUUACAGAAAAAGUAAAUCUCUUACUCCACAUCAAAGCAUUCGUAAUACAGAGAAACCCUAUGUUUAUAAGGAACGUGUGAAUGCUUGCAGUCAUGGCUCAAAACUUGUUCAACACAAGAGAACUCAUACAGCUGAAAAACACUUUGAAUGUAAAGAAUGUGGGAAGAAUUAUUUAAGUGCCUAUCAACUCAAUGUGCAUCAGAGAUUUCAUACUGGUGAGAAACCCUAUGAGUGUAAGGAAUGUGGGAAGACCUUUAGUUGGGGAUCAAGUCUUGUUAAACAUGAGAGAAUCCAUACUGGUGAGAAACCCUAUGAAUGUAAAGAAUGUGGGAAGGCCUUUAGUCGUGGCUAUCACCUCACUCAACAUCAGAAAAUUCAUAUUGGUGUGAAAUCUUAUAAAUGUAAGGAAUGUGGGAAAGCCUUUUUUUGGGGCUCAAGCCUCGCUAAACAUGAGAUAAUUCAUACAGGUGAGAAACCUUAUCAAUGUAAAGAAUGUGGGAAGGCCUUCAGUCGUGGCUAUCAACUUACUCAGCAUCAGAAAAUCCAUACUGGUAAGAAACCUUAUGAAUGUAAAAUAUGUGGAAAGGCUUUUUGUUGGGGCUAUCAACUUACUCGACAUCAGAUAUUUCAUACUGGUGAGAAACCCUAUGAAUGUAAGGAAUGUGGGAAGGCUUUUAAUUGCGGAUCAAGUCUUAUUCAACAUGCAAGAAUUCAUACUGGUGAGAAACCUUAUGAAUGUAAAGAAUGUGGAAAGGCCUUUAGUCGUGGCUAUCACCUUUCUCAACAUCAGAAAAUUCAUACUGGUGAGAAACCUUUUGAAUGUAAGGAAUGUGGGAAGGCCUUUAGUUGGGGUUCAAGCCUUGUUAAACAUGAGAGAGUUCAUACUGGUGAGAAAUCCCAUGAAUGUAAAGAAUGUGGAAAGACCUUUUGUAGUGGGUAUCAACUUACUCGACAUCAGGUAUUUCACACUGGUGAGAAACCCUAUGAAUGUAAGGAAUGUGGGAAGGCUUUUAAUUGUGGAUCAAGUCUUGUUCAACAUGAGAGAAUCCAUACAGGGGAGAAACCUUAUGAAUGUAAAGAAUGUGGGAAGGCUUUUAGUCGUGGCUAUCACCUGACUCAACAUCAGAAAAUUCAUACCGGUGAGAAACCUUUUAAAUGUAAGGAAUGUGGGAAGGCCUUCAGUUGGGGUUCAAGCCUAAUUAAGCAUGAGAGAGUGCAUACUAAUGAGAAGACUUAUGGAUGUAAAGACUGUGGGAAGGCCUUUGGUAGUGGCUAUCAACUUAGUGUUCAUCAGAGAUUUCAUACUGGUGAGAAGCUUUAUCAAUGUAAGGAAUUCGGGAAGACCUUUACUCAUGGCUCAAAACUUGUUCAUGAGAGAACUUGUAAUGAUAAACCCUACAAAUAUAAGGAAUGUGGGGAAGCCUUUCUGUGGACAACUUACUCAAAUGAGAAAAUUGAUACCGAUAAAACCUUAUGAUUGAAAGUUGUAACAGAACAUUUUGUGUGUGUUUACAGACAACUCAUCAUAAUAAGAACUCUUACUCUUGAGAAACCUUGUGAAUGUAAGGGAUGUGCAAAAGCCAUUAGUUUCUGUGUAUGGACAAUUAUCUUGCUAUCCAGCAAUUCAUACUAGUGAGAAAUAUUCUGAAUAUAACUAAUAUGAAAAGGCCUUUAGACUUCUGUACACUUAUUGGAUAUCAAUUUAUACUGAUGUAAAAUCAUUUAAAUGUAA